AUGUACUGUCUUCAACUUAGCACUUCGGAUUGGCUCUUAAGACGACUUCUCAAGGUAUCAAUUACAAUCAAAGAAGCUCAAGCAACGUUGAACCAUUGGUGUCAAAAGGCCAACCCUUACAAGCCUGGCCGCAAAUAUACCAUGGCUUUCUUCCAAAAGCAAUGGGAAUCCGAAAGACGAGCAAACAUCGAGAAUUCAAAAGAUAUCAAGAUUUGCCAACAGAUUGAAUUGGGUAGGUUACUGUGCCUCGAGGACUUACAUUAUAAGGUUUGGCUGGAGGAUGGAACUCAUGAGGAGCGAGCUGCUGAUUGGCUGGAACGGGUUCAACAGCUCGGAAUCGAAAUAGCUGCACAGCGUCAGAAAGUGGGUUUGCCUGAUUGUUUUACUCAUCUAUCAAAGGACGCUGUUGAUUUAUUAUUGAAGGUCUGGUUUGCUAAGACUGAGGUACGCCGCAGAUUUCUUGCUUUGAGGGCAGAACAAAGGCCUUUGGACCCCGAAAACAGAGUUGGUGGUAGCUCGCAUCUUGGUACUCAUGAGAAGGAGCAAAUUAUGGACGCCAUUCAAAAAAGAACACGAACUAUGAAGAAAGCGUUGACAAAUUAUAACAAUAUGGCACAACAAUUUGCAGACAAGUUUCCAGAACAUCCAACAUCUCCAGUUCAAAGAGCCAUGCGUUGGGCUACAACUUCUUUUGACCGUCUUUGGAACAUUCUGGAACAUCUUGCGCAUUCAGACAUCCUCCCGGAUGCCAUUCAACCUUUCCUAGAACACAAUAUCAUCAGUUCAGCUUCAUUACACGCAAAGGUAUCUAUUGUCAAAGGCGUCCUUCACAACGAAUUGACCAGGGUUGCUAGGUUAAGUUUCAGGUGGAAUUCUAAGAUUAAGGAGGUCUUUUUGAAAACUGAAGCUCAGGUAGGCGAUAUGCAAUUGCUGGCUCAAUGGCAGUUGCAACUUCGGAAGAUGGAAGUACUACGGUUGAAUGGCUUUGGUUUGACUAAAGCUGGGGACUUUGAGCAUCUAAUGCCUCGAGUUCCAGUUCGACACGAUAUCAUACCUGAUGGUGUUAGAGAAGGUGGACCUGAGGAGCCUGAGGAUGGAGAUUUGUCUGACAUCAACGAGGAGGAAUGGGCACAGGGAAUUGAUGAAGGCAUGAUGCAAAAUAUUAUUAAUGCUGUAGGAAACGAAGAGCCAUCUUGA